AGCCGGCCGGUCUUUACCAGAUUUUCUCCCGGCGCCGAUUACUUUCACGUCGUCGUCUCCUGCGAUGCGAUUCCGAUGAGGAUAAGAAUGCUUUCUUCCAUUACUUCUCGUAUUCCGAUCUCAUCAUCGCAUCUGCUCAUAUCUCACCUCCAAUCGUUAAAUCUAUAUCACAUUUCGCCGACGAGAAACCAAUAUCUUCACCGGAAAUCUACUAAUCACUCUGGAAUCCGGAAUUCAAUUAAUAAACCUCCUUUCAAGGCGGAAUCCAACCGGAAUCCCGAGGAGUUUGACCCGACCCUAGUCGCGGAAACUCUGUCCUGCUACAGCAAUGACUGGAAAUCAGCUUUGGAGUUCUUCAACUGGGCCGAAUCUCAACGGGGGUUCCAACACACCACGGCGACGUACAAUCAGAUCAUCGGCGUUCUGGGUAAGUAUUUCGAGUUCGAAACGGCUUGGAGUUUUAUAUAUAAAAUGAGAAAUUCUUUAGAUUCCAAGCCAGAUCACACUACUUUUCGAGUCAUGUUCAAUCGCUAUGUUCGAGCUCACCUUAUCAAUGAAGCCAUUGAUACGUUUGAUAAGUUAGACGAUUUCAACUUGAAAGACAGUGUUUCCUUCUCCAAUUUGGUUGAUGCUUUGUGUGAGUAUAAACAUGUGAUUGAAGCUCAAGAGUUGUGUUUUGGGAACGGGAAAGACAAUCAGAGAUUCUUGAGUCUGGACACUAAGAUCCAUAAUAUGAUCCUUCGCGGGUUCUUUAAAAUGAACUGGUGGGGGAAAUGUAAGGAGUUUUGGGAAGAAAUGGAUAAAAGGGGAGUGGAAAAGGAUCUUUUUUCCUAUUCCAUUUACAUGGAUGUGCAGUGCAAGAGAGGGAAGCCUUGGAAAGCUGUGAAGCUCUUCAAGGAGAUGAAGAAGAAAGGGAUUCAAGUAGAUGUCGUGGCCUAUAACACUGCCAUUCAAGCCGUUGGGAUCUCAGACGGAGUUGAUGUGGGAGUAAAGCUUUUCAAAGAGAUGAUUGAACUGGGUUGUGAACCAAACGUGACAACAUUCAACAUAAUUUUGAAGCUGUUGUGUGAAAAUAUGAGGUUUGAUGAUGCACACAAGGUGUUCGGUCUAAUGUCUAAGAAGGGUUGUGAACCAAACGUGACUACUUACCACUGUUUCUUCAGAUGUUUUGAAAAGCCAAGAGAGAUACUGAAGAUGUUUGAUAGGAUGGUUGAAAAAGGAGUUAAACCAAGGAUGGAUACAUACGUGAUGCUAAUGAGUAAGUUUGGGAGAUGGGGGUUUCUUAGACCAGUUCUUGAUCUAUGGGAGAAGAUGAAAGAACAUGGUUUAAGUCCAGAUGAAUCUGCUUAUCAUGUCUUGAUUGAUGCUCUUGUACAGAAGGGUAUGAUUGAUAGGGCUCGCAAGUUUGAUGAGGAGAUGUUGGCUAAAGGGCUUUCACCCAAGCCACGUGUACUUCCGAGGGACACUGAUGAUGACAGCAAAAGUAGAUGUGGUUGAUAUCUCCUAUUCUCUUACUCUGGAGUGUGCAGUGUAAAAGAAAUGGGAGGGUCCAAUGGGGAAUGUGCAGCAACAGGAGGGCUGAUUAAUGGCGAACCAACUGGAAACGGAACCAACAAAAACCCAAAUUGGCACAAAUGCUUGGCUUUGUGAGCUGACAUUGAUUUUUGCAAUUAGAUUCAACUUAUGCAAUCUGAUUUUUGGCUUACAGCUGACCAUAAUUGACAUAAGUUGUUCAGUUUGGUUUUCAGUUUAGCUUUUUCCAAAAAAAAAAAACUGAAACUUAUUGAAGAACACACGUACUGAAACUGAUCAAUGAACACACAUACUCAAAUCUCGGCCAUUUGGAUAGGAUUGGAAAGAUCUAGAAUAUCAUUGUUGAAACAGACUCAGUGAACGCUUAAAAACCGAUGACAGAUAAAGUGCGACACUUCAAGGAACCUGCAACGUUUCCUGACUCGAAUAGUCAAAUGCAACAUACCCAGUACAAAGCCAAUGUCACUUUCAGCGAGGGCAAACCAGGUGAUAAACAAUGCAGUUGCAGAAGAUACAACAUUUUGUUUGCGCUGGAUUGAAACUGAAAGCAUGAAUAUCCCCUCAUAUUUUCCUCUAAGAGUUUUAGCCGAUCCUUUUGUUGUUUUCUCCUUUUCUGUAUCUUGUUUAUCUGAUAUUCUGAAGGCUUAGAGCUGUUGGCUGGGUCCACAUUAUACCCUCUUUAUGUGUUGAAU